AUGUCGCUCCGUCGAAAAUUCAUCUUCCUCAUGGUUGCUUUUGCUGCUAUCAAUGUAGUUUACUUACGGUCUUCUUUUCUUUAUAGAAUCGCCUCAUAUAAUGAUCGGCCCAAGUACCCAGUUCACGAUUCUGGUAUUUUCGAGGAAGUCUUCCAGUACCCCGAUGUCUUCUUGCGUAAUUACGCUCAGAUGGAAGACGAUUUCAAGAUCUUCGUAUACCCAAACAAAGAUGAAGAGAUUUCUUAUUUUAAUCAGAGAAGAAUUCACGGGAUGCUUUCUAGUGAAAUGUUCUUCCAUUACAAUCUCUUAUCCUCUGACAGAUUUCGUGCGAGUGAUCACUCUAAGGCUCAUCUGUUUUUCAUUCCCCUUACUUGGUUCCAAAUUCUUGGCAAGGGAGUUUAUGCUAAUGGUGAGGAUUAUAUUCGGUACAUAAUUGAUGAGUACCCUCACUGGAAUCGAAGUACAGGUGUUGAUCACUUUUUCGUGACUUGCCAUGACGAUGGAGCAAGACUUUCUGAAAAAGCCCCAUUGAAUCAUUCAAUCACAGUCUUGUGUUGCGCACAUUAUGAACACAAACAUGGCGUACACCACAAGCGCCACCAUCACCAUAUAACUCUCCCCCAGAUACGACUGCCAUUUGCUCGAGCUGGUGGAAAUGACAUACACAACAGGUUUAAUAAUCUCGGGUUGUUAGGAAAAAGUUUCCGAAUUAUGACUAGAUGUGGUGCAGGCAGACAACACUCGCUUUCUGGGCUUGGCGAGCAAGUUCAUGGGACGAUGACCCAAACCGAGAGAAAUUCAAAACAUCCAAGUACUGCAUUUGCGACGGACCAUACUUAA